GGCCAGUCCAACCCGCCCCGCGCAGGGCCCGGUCAUUGGUGGAGCGCAGGACAGCGAGCGGCGCGGUGGAUAGACUGCCGCUACGCUAUUGGGGGAGGGAAGACAAACUGGAUCCGAACAACAAAAAAAGACCAGAUAACAACAAUAUCAAGUUGGAAAUAGAAAGCGCGAUACCCGUUAAAAAUACUUUGGAUGUCAGCAUGGCUCAGAUGUUUACUAUAUCAGACAGCGAGUCAGAGCCCUCAGGGGAGGUAGGAGAAACCGAAAAGGACCAAUCGUCUGCCGGAAAGGGGAUGACUGGCGGUCCAAUAGGCCACGCCCUCACUGUGCCUGAGAUGAGACUGGCAGGAGAGGGUCGGUUGAGGAUGAACUCAGAGUCCCAGGCCCAGGAGCUCCAGGGUAGGGGGCCAGGGGUGGAAGGCAUGCCCACAGACGGAGCAUCUUUCCGGGGUCGCUCCCAGUCGGCCCCCCCUGCCCUCUGGGCGGCCAAGAGAUACGGGCGGCAGCUCCGCCGCAUGAGUGACGAGUUUGAUACGUGGCUGGAUAAAGGGGAGAUGAGGCGGGUGAAGAGUGCAGGAACAGCCAAACAGAUGACCAAGUCCCCCAGCUGGUGGGCGUACCUGUUCAGUCAUAAGGAGACAGAGACAGAACAUACUCCUAUCAUCCCGCCACGAUCAUCUGAGUAGAGAGGAGGAUGGGGG